AUGGGCCGCCGGAGGAGUGCUCCGCUGAACAAGCUUUUUGCAUGGGUGCGGCGGCAGUCCUUGAAAGUGAAGGUUUUCUUGGCCGUGACGGCUGUGGUGGCGGCGCUGGUGGCUCUCAAAUUCUGUGUGAAAGAUCACAGCCAUUUCUUUGUUGCCUCUGAGGCUAUCCAUUUUGCUGGGAUUCUGGUCUUGAUUUAUAAGCUCACCACCCAGAAGACUUGCUCUGGUCUUUCUUUGAAGUCUCAAGAACUUACAGCUAUAUUUCUGGCAGCAAGAUUAUGCUGUAGUUUAGUUAUGGAGGGUGACAUUCACACUGUGCUCGAUUGUUUGACACUGGUGUCGACUUUGUGGGUCAUUUAUACGAUAAGGUUCAAGUUGAAGUCAACCUACAUUGUGGAGCUCGAUAAUAUGCCCUUAUAUUAUGUGGUGGUGCCUUCUGCUAUUGCAGCCAUACUUGUACAUCCAUAUACACACCAUGCACGUUUUGGCCGAAUCCUUUGGGCAUUUGCUGUGUACUUAGAAUCCAUUUCAGUGUUGCCACAACUGCGGAUGAUGCAGAACACCAAGAUGAUCGAACCAUUCACGGCCCAUUAUGUGUUUGCACUCGGUGUUGCGAGAUUCUUGGGAUGUGCUCAUUGGAUCAUUCAAGUUUAUGAAUCUGCUGGACAAUACCUGUUUGUGGUUGGAACUGGCUACAUUUGGCUUCCAAUGAUCCUACUCGCAGAAAUUGUUCAGACGUUCAUCUUGGCCGACUUUUGUUACUAUUACAUCAAAAGGUUCAUUUCAGCGGGUAAAGCGUUACUGGUCUGGCUCUUCUUCAUAGAGGUAGAACGGCUUCUUGUUUCUUUAGAUGCAUUGUCUUUACUUGGCUUCGAGGUAAGCCCAAUCUUGGUCUGGUCACUUGCCUCAGGUCAAGCAGGAGAAUUCUGGUAUGUUUUUGGUGUUAGCAAAUGA